UUGAAAGGUUUCGAUGCCGGCGGAAGCAGAGCAAGAGGAAGACCUCCACUCCGUUGGAAAGACCAGGUAGAGAAGGACCUGGCUGUACUUGGUGCUCCCAAUCGCCGCCAAACAGCGCCAGUUACUCACAAAAAUGAGUAUACACAGGUUUUCGUUAUAGAAAUACACAAACUAUGCAAAAUUGAGUGGAAAUAUUUGAAUUUUUUUUGAAUCCCAUUUGUAGCUUGAACUCUUAUCGACUACAUUUGAGCAUAAAAUAAUUAAUUUAUUUAGCAUAAAGGAAAAACUUAAACAAAAACCUAAAAUUAUUGAUAAAUUCAAAUCAUAAAAUUGAGUACACACUCCAUGGAAAACCAUAAUUUAAUUCACUUAAUUUUUUUUUUAUUUAAUAGGCUGUGGGUCCACCAGCUGCGUCAAUUAAAGCUCGCAUCCUCGGAGGCAUCGAUUCUAAUAUUUUUUUUGUGAAAUUAGGUGAUAUUUCGCCCCAUAUUCUAAUAAUCUCCUUUAUAAGUUGGCUUGGAAUUCAAUGCUCCCCAUAUUCAUAUCGGGGGUUUUUGGAGGAGUAUUAAGCUGUUUUGGAGCACUAAAAGGUAACCAUUCGUUCACUAUCACUGCUGUAUGUUUUGGAUCGUUGUCUUGCUGGAACCAAAACACUGACGGAAGCUUAAUUUUUCCAUGCUUGCACGUAAAUUACAUUUCAAUAUAUUUAAAUAAAUCUCCUUGGCCGUGUUGCUUUCAAUAAAUUAAAUGGUGCCCACUCCAUUAGCUUCCAUAGACUCAAAAGCAUGACUGAACCACCACCAUAUUUCACUGUCGAAACUAAAUUUUUAUUUCGUAGCUCCGUGUUUGGCUUUCUCCAUACAAUUCGGCAUCAAACAGUUACCCAAAAGUUAAUCUUUGUUUCGUCAGUGAACACUAGACUUUCCCAUAAACUUAAAGGCUUAUCAACAUGAUCUUUCGUGAUAACACUGGAGAUAAAUGGAGUUAUCCGUCCAUGUAAAUUAUUUUUGCGAAGAAUACGACGAAUUGUUUCAGUUGAUAUUUUUUUUGCUUAUUGUUUUGGACACUUCGAACGUUAAAUUAGAAAUACUUAUCUUUGGGUUUAUUUCCACUUAACGCACAAUAUUGCGUUCAUCAGCAGUCAAGAUUUUUUUGCGGCCUCUCCCACCGGAAUUUCAUAACGUUCCUCUAUAUCUCCAUUUAUUUAUAAUUGUUUGAACUGUGCAAUGAGGUUUGCCUAUAACUUCACCAAUUUCUCUGUACGAUUUACUUUCACAGGCCAAUUUUAUUUCUUUCUCUUUUAUUUCAAUAGGUGUCUCUUGUCUGGUACCAGCCAUGUUGAAAGAAAUGCAAAAUAAAUAAAUUGCGUAUCUAACGAUAACACGCAACAAAAACUUUGAAAUGUAUUUCAAUGCUAACGUGAUCACAUAACGAACAAAAAGAUAUCCAGAGAUGCCACAUUUAAAUUGCAAGUGUAUAUUCAGUUUUGUGACCUAACUUUUUUGAUCAUUUUAGUUUUUUGUUUAAAUUUUUGCUUAAUGCUAAGUAAAUAAACUAAUUUAGGUUCAAAUAUAGUCGAUAAGAGUUCAAGCUUCAAAUAUGCCUCAAAAAAAUCAAAAAAUAUCCACUAAAUUUUGCAUAAUUUGUGUAUUUCACUUAAGAAAACCUGUUUAUACUCAUUUUACUAAUUUUUGGGAGUAUAUAUAUAAAUAUGCAUGUAUAUACAAUUCUCUCAAUAAACUUUCAGCUUUUUAAGCUCCAGCAUGGUUACUCUCUGUUUUUGUUUUGAUUUUGUUUUGCAUGCAUAUUCGUAAUCAUUUUUCUACUUCCGCCAGCGUGAAAUCAGAGAAAAGGUUUUGAAAAAACAUAAGAGGCAAAUAAAAAGGAAGAGGCAUGUAUUUGUUACAUUGCUUCAUACGCAGAGAGCAUGCUCUCUAAAUAAGAUACUUUUUGUAAAAUUUCCUCUGCUUCUAAAUACGUAAAUAUGUACAAGUAUCGUACUAUUGUAUUUUACUGGAAGUACACACGAACGUGUCCGUAACCGUGGCUGAUUACCAUAGGAUGCACUAAAUUGCGAAUCACUUAUCAAGGUGGCUCAACGCUGAAACGAGCAGUUUUCUUUACAUUACAAAUACAUACGUAUGUAAAUGUAUUUACAAAAUACAGCGGUGGCAUUUGGUUUAUUAUCUUCCUCAAAAUUUUGUCAAUCGUAUGUCUGCAACGAUGUUUAUUCAUACAUCUACAUGAGGAAGCAAAACGAAAAGUGCAGAGCAGAGAAAGAAGCGGUUUCUACGACAAAAAUCGAAAUUUUUCAGAUUACUUACGGCAACGUCUACGACCGCCGUCCUACGUACACGGUGAGACUUAUUAUAAGCUUAGUGGAUUCUAGUUUCUAGUUAAGCAAAGUACAUUUUUGAACUCAAUUGUGCUUUUAACAGUGGACUUUUCCCCAGAAGAAACUUCUUCUUUUGUCAAAAGAAAAAGAACACGCGAAUACAAAACAAACACAUCUGAAGAAAAUGGCAUAGAUAAGAAGAAAUGCAGCUGCAUAGCAUAAUAUCUGAAAUAAUGGCUUGGAAGGGGCAUUUUAUUUCCAGAAGAGAAGAUUCAGUGGAUGUGAUGGGAGCUAGACCUGCCCUGGCAGGGAUACAGCAGCAACAAACACUAAAUAAAGAAUUUCCGCAGUCACAGGGGUCUAACAUGAACUACCCGGUUAAUGAAGCUCCAAACUUACACCAACAAAGUUAUUCAUCCAACUACGCUCCAUUUGACAGUUCAAUACAAUUAAAUGCUGCAAUGCAUCCAGUGAGGCACCAACAUUAUCCUUCUGAGCCGCAACAAUAUCAAGGACAACAUCAACAUCUUUACUACGAUAACACAUACAACGUUCCAUUUAUUGGAGAUAGAAUGGCUGGCAGAGGUCAAGUUUCCAGUUUUUACGGCAAUCGUGCUCGUUACUUUCCCUAUCAGCACAGCAUUCCACCGCACUCUAUUCGUGGUAUGUACACACCAGCUGGACAGCAAUUAAUACCAUCAAGUGUGUUACAUUACCCACCACGCAGCUCUUCCUAUGAACAAAACAACCUGCCCCUACCAUUCCCAAAGCAGAGUUCCAUGUUACAAACACAAUGUAGUUUGCCUCCGCACAGUCAACUACAACUGCGGCCACAUUUACGGCAACAGCAGCAACAAACUCAGUCACAAUCGCACCGAUCAACUCCUUUUGGAGGAAAUGAGCAACAAGACUAUAAAAAUAUUGAUGCACCAGAGGGGGAGCUUGUGAAGGCGAUGCAAACGCCAUCAAAUUUAUUAAUGCAUUUAAAUGGCGGUGAUUCACGCACAUCUUCCCGAACAUCUCCUGUACAAAUAGUUUCUACACCGAUCUCUCUAAACCAAACACGGCCAUUGUCGGCUGAUUUCGAUGAACUGUCUGCAGAUCAUCAUGAAAGAAUUCGACAGGUCACUCCAUCGCCACAGCAAACACCUAUUGUGAAAUUUUCACCAACACACAGCACAUCUUCGGAGUUACCGACAAUGAGAGAAGGUGCACAAUUUAGCACCCGAGUUGCAAGUAACGGUACAGCCUCACUUGCCAGUAUAAGCAACACAAGUACCAUUAGUUCACCACUGGUGACAGCAAAUAGCGACUGCUUGACCACAACGCCACCGCUAAUAAGCGCAACUGGGACAGACAGCGGCAUUAGUGUUAGUAGUUGUUGCACACGUAUUCGAAGCGACAGCACACAUAGUACACCUGCCUACAAUGGCGAAUAUCCACUCUCAGUGGGUUCGUCCUCUGGGUUGUCGUACCAUUGUUCUGACAUUAAGGAACUAGAGGAGUUUAGCAGAGAAAAUGAGGAGUCGACCUCGAGCCGAGGUUUUAACGAAAAUAUCAUUUUCAAAUUAAAACAGGAGGAUACAGGGGACGAAAAUAAUGAAGAAAGGUUGAUACAUGGUGCCAGAUUUAAAGAAAACUCGUAUAAUAUGAAUGAAGAAGAAAACAACAAAAUUAACAGCGAGUACAAAACUGACCCUUAUGAAUCUGAAGCUUUGGAUUGUGAUUCGAGAGUGAAUGCGACCACAACAAACACAUCUUUGAUGCCUAAAAUAAUUACUCCCACUAAUACAUCACAUGGUGAAAGCAAAAGAUCUCCAGAAGCCAAAGAUUCCAAAAAUGUUGUUAAAGAAUUAUUCUUAGAAGAGAAUGCUACAAAAAUAUCAAAUAUUGAAGCCGAACCAAAGGAGCAUAUAAAGCCAAACAUGUGUAAUGAGCAGAAGGAAGCAAAUAUACAGACUGGAGUUUUUACACGUUUUGAUAAUACAGAAAUUCAACAACAAGAGCUGCCGUCUCCACCACCAGCCCCACCGCAGAACUCACCAGUCGGUUAUUUCCCCUCAACAAGCUCAAAUAUGAACACAUUCGGAUAUGCUACUGCGAUAUCGUCCCAAUUAAAGCCACCUUCCAAAGGAGCUGCUACAGCUGCAGCGGCAGCAGUAGUUGCAGCGGCUGCUGCAGCAGCUGCUGCUUCAAUACGAACGAAUAAAAAUCGAAUUAUGGAAUUCGAUUCCAUGACGAGUAAAAAACCGAAACGAAAAAUUAAUUUUUUGACGGGAAAGUGGCAAAAGGAUAACGAGGAAGGUGAAACAAACGAAAGUAAUAGGAAAAACAAGGAUUUAACUCCGUUGCCUGGAUUUCAGCAAGCGUUCGGCUCCACAGAAAUCGGUAGAUUUUUUGAAAAAUUUUUAUUCAGUCCGCCGGAUUUUCAUAAUCCCAACGAUGGGCAUGAGACUUUUGAUGUUGGAGAUCAGCAACAACAGCCACUACAAAAUCAACUUCCAAUUAAACAAGAAAAUCAACAACUAGGACUUAAUCGAAUACAACCACAAAUUCAACAACAGCAGCAACAAUACACGCAACACGAGCUUUUUUAUCGAAAAUAUGCAGAAGAUAACGUUUAUCAAACUCAACGAUUGCAUUCUCGCUACCCACAUCCGCACCUGCAUUACCGUCAUCCAUACUACAGGGACCAGCCGUAUCCAUAUCAAAAUACCGCAGCGAAUAACUACCGCGAUAUGUACAUUUUUGGACGCCCAUCGCAUUCAUUACAUGAUUUGCCUUUUGAAUACGGUACUUCAUAUCCGAGUAGCUGCACCCCUUCAUCGCCUUACGAAAUGCCUUUAAAUGUUCGAUCAGCUUAUGGCUCUUCUUAUGAUCGAAUAGGUUACAGUUAUGGGAUAAAGAAUAGCAAUUAUGGUGGUAUACGUUGUAAUGGAUAUUAAGGUGUAUGUUUCAUAUGUGAAAUGAGGAAAAUAAAAAAUUAAGUUCAAAUAGAAGAAAUGAGCAAUUUUCAAAAUUAUAAAUUGUUAUAUUGCCAUGUGCAAAUUUGUAGAAUAUAUGUUAGCAUGAAUCAAAAAAAGAAAUAUUGGGUGUAAAAUUUAUAUGUAUGAUAUUUAUGUACGAUCAUUGUUCUGAUCAUGUGAAAAGUAAAUAUAUGUGCCUUUUCGGACAAAAUUCUGGGACAUCUUCUUCAGUUUAAAUAAAAAUUAUCCAUGAAAAAUUGAUCAAAAUUACGAAAUCUCAAAACCCAAGUAAAGUUAUUACAUAAUGUUUUUAAAACUUCAUCAUUAAACCGCAAGUUAUGUAUAU